AUGAAGACUUCAACAAUUCUUGUUGCUAUGAUUCUCUUUACAUGCUGUGUCACGUCCCAAGUUGCAGCAAGGGUUUUGGAGUCAACUCCAUCAUUACGUGAUGAAAAGCUCCAGUGGUGGUACCACAAGCCACGUUUCCCGUUCCCUGCUCUCGGAAGAGCCUUCCCUCCUCUCCCUGCCGGCCACUUCCACCCACCACCGGAAGUUGCUAAAUGCUUGUCUGACUGCAAAGAGGUUAAAACAUGUUUUGCAGAUAUCACCAAAGCAUUCGUCACCCACAAACCCGCUAUUGGAUCGGAUUGCUGCGCCGCCAUCGUAAAGAUGAAAGGUGAUUGCGAGAAGACCGUGUUUGGAUCUUUCCAUAGCCGUUUCUUCAAUGGCCUUGUUAAACGACAUUGCUCUAACAAAGUUGUUUCAUCAGCUCCUGCUCCUUCGCCGGCUUAG